AUGAGUUCUUCAAUAUCUGGAGAAUCUUCAGUAAGUCCAAAUAAAUUUAAGAAAUCAACAACACCUACUAUAUUAAGGAUUAUUGUAUCUAUAUAUAUAUAUAUGAUGAUUAUAUUAGCAGUAAUAUUUGGAUUUAUUACACAAGUAACAUUUUGGAUACUCUUAUUUCCAUAUUUAUUAACUAAUGAAUAUUUUAAAAUUAAAAUUAUGGGUAUGGCAUUUAGAUUUUGGUGUAAUCUACUUGUUGUUUGGUUAAAUCCAUUUUGGAAAGUUGUAAUUGUACGUAAUCCACCUAAAUCAUAUAAACCUAGAAGAACUAUUCUUAUGUCAAAUCACUUAUCAUCUGCUGAUCCUUGGAUAAUUUGUUCUUCACACUUUCCAUGGGAAUUAAAAUAUGUAUAUAAAGCUGAUUUAAUUAAAAUACCAAUUGUUGGUUGGGUUGUUCAAAUGACAUAUGACAUGCCAAUUUACUUUACUGGUGAUAAGAGUGGUUGGGGUGUUAAAUCUGGUACUACUCAAUUAUUAUUUAAACGUUGUACUGAAUUACAAGAAAUUGGAUUUGGACAAGUAGUAUUUCCUGAAGGUACAAGAUCAAAAUUAAGAAGAUUACAACCAUUUAGAAAUGGUUUUUUUAGAUUUGCUAUUGAAAAUAAAUGUGAAAUACUUCCAGUAGUUAUGCAUAAUAAUUGGACUUGUUGGCCUUUAGGUGAAACACUUAUGGACAUUGGUACUAUAUAUGUUGCCUAUGGUGAUCCAAUUAAAUUAACAGAGGAUACUAAUAUUGAAGAGUUAAAGGAAAUAGUUAAAAAUAGUAUGUUAGAUUUAUUAAAAUAUUGUCCAACUUAUAAUCCAGAACUUGAACAACCUAUAUCAAGAAUGGCUAGUAGUAGAGGACAUGGUAUUAUUGGAUAA